UUCGUAGUAGAAACCAUCACGAUUUUUUUCUCAUUUCAUCUCAAUUUCCCGCAGAGUCACCGCAAUGGCUCAUGAUGUAUCAAUAAUUACCUCAUUGCACCCUCCUUAACUAUUUAAAAACACUGCAUGUCUAGAAUUAUAAAUUACCGAAUAAGUAGCCCUCGAUGUUCGCUCUCAAUCUGCGUGGCUAUGCCAUAUCGCCCACUUUCAAUCGAACAUUCAUCCGAACGAUGGCUUCAGCUCGACGCUCAGCCUACGAAACCAUUCCAUCUUCUCCAAUCCGUGUAAUGCGUACUGUCGAGGCUGUGAGGAGAUGGAGAAAGCCCCAGUACCUCGAUCACAGGAUUGUAGGACUAGUACCUACCAUGGGAGCUCUACACGAAGGUCAUCUUUCCUUGAUCCGCGCCGCAGCUCGCGAAACUCACCACGUCGUCGUCAGCAUAUACGUGAACCCGGCCCAGUUUGGAAUCAAGGAAGACUUGGCUUCUUAUCCCGUAACCUGGGACGAGGACUGUAAAGUGUUGGCCAACUUGGACCGUGAACUGGCAGACGACGGCGGGAACCUCGGUCGCAUCAGCGCUGUUUUUGCGCCAACGACUUCGGAGAUGUAUCCUUCAGGAUUUCCUGGCCAGGAGGUCGAUUCUAAAGGGAGUUUUGUGGUCAUGACACCAAUCAGCGAGUUGCUCGAAGGUGGCACACGACCAACCUUCUUCCGGGGUGUUGCCACCGUUUGCUUGAAGCUGUUCAACAUUGUACAACCUGAAAAGGUAUACUUUGGCCAGAAGGAUGUCCAGCAAUCCGUGAUAAUCCGGAAGCUCGUCAGAGAUUUUACGCUACCUAUCGAUGUUGUCAUAGGUUCUACUGUCCGAGACUCUGAUGGUCUCGCUUUAAGCUCUAGAAACGUCUACCUAGGCGAGAGGCGACGUAAAGUUGCCACCACCCUAUAUCAUGCCCUCAAAGCUGCAGAAUCUCAAUACCUAAAGGGCGCUUUGGAUCGAGAAUCCAUCCUCAAAGCUGCUAAAACGGUAACCACUGAUGUUUUAAAUCAGCAAUUGAGUCUUGCCCCUGAAGAGAGGGUUAGAUACGAGGUGGACUACAUUUCUCUUGCAGAUCCGCUAUCAAUGGAGGAAAUGAGCGUAGUAGACCCAAAGCAGGGAGGCGUGCUGAGUGGUGCUAUCAAGAUGCUACCAGUCGAAUCAGCACAACCCGGUGAAGACUUGGGGAGUAACGAUGGGCCAGCCGUUCGUCUGAUCGACAAUAUAAUUCUGAAGCCUUCCUCUGGGAUCUAGAUCAACUAGCUAUAGUUAUAGAUAUCUACAUUUUUGCAAAUACCCAAGAAGUUCUGGUAGUUCACUUACCUAAACACUAUACAGAUACAUAAUACAAUAUAGAGCCAAUACUAUGUAGCUCGGGGUUACUUGAA